AUGGCUGACGAGGAGGCUCAACAUCCCACUCUCGAGCCCGUUUCGAGGCCGUUGGCGCUGAUCCCUGUGGUGAUCAAAGAAGCCGCCCUCGACUCGCCUACCUUUCGUGCAACCGCCGUCCACUUUGGUGACCAGAUCGAGCUCAUCGAACGAUGGCUCGACUCGUACGUCCGCGCAACGUCGCGGCUCGCCUCUGAGCUCACUGCCCUCCAAGGAAUAGUCGACACGUACGUACAAGCGUCACACCCGCCGCUUCAGCUGUCCGAAGCCAUCCUCGACCAUGACUACACUGUCCUCGCGCUCAAGCGGUUCGGGGAGGGCGCGCGCGAGUACUGGAACAGCACGUGUCGAAGCAUGAAGAAGGCAGAGACUAGUGUUUGUGAACCCAUACGAGCCUUCUUGAACAACGACCUUCGCGUCCUGAAGGAGGCAAGGAAGAACCUCGACCUGACACAGCGUACGUUCGACGGCGCCAUUGCGCGCUACGCCAGCCAGGUCAAGUCGAAGGAAGCAUCGUCGCUGCGAGAAGAUGCCUUCCAGCUACACGAAGCGCGGCGUGCAUACCUGCAAGCGAGCAUGAACUUCUGCGUACUGGCACCGCAAGUGCGACUGACGCUGGAUAAGGUCCUCGUCAAGGUCAUACACGAACAGUGGCGCGACAUGAAGACAGCAAAGGAUGCUCCCGCCAAGGCAUUUGCACUCGGUAACUUAGACAUCGAGCGAGUUCGCGGCUGGAGCAAGGAGAUGGAGAAUGGCGAGCGCGUCUUCAAAAGGGAGCUGCACCUUGCACGACAGCAGGUCGAGGCUGCUGCUGAGCUCAGCGCACGACCGUCGCGAGAUCUCGACUCGUACACAGCCUCUACCGUAGCCUACCUAGGCACCCCGGGACCAUCUUCCGCCAACCUGCAGUCGCCCGCGAAAUCCGAUCCCGCGAACGAGAAGGCAGAGAAGCAGGGCUGGCUCUUCCAGCGUACCAUCACUGGCAAGCCUGCAAGGACAUACUGGGUCAGGAGAUGGUUCUUCGUCAAGAACGGCAUCUUCGGCUGGCUCACGCAAGGUACACGCUCGGGUGCUGUAGAGGAGUCUGAGAAGAUCGGUGUGCUGCUCUGCGGUAUCCGUCCAGCGUUUCAGGAAGAACGGCGCUUCUGCUUUGAAGUGAAGACAAAGGAUACCACCAUCCUGCUCCAAGCUGAGACUCAGAGCGACAUCACUGAGUGGAUCUCUGCCUUCGAAGUCGCCAAACGCAAGGCCCUGGAGGACUCGUCCAAGGACACGCCUGGACCUCAAGCCUCUGUCGACGCUGCAUUCUCAAUCAGUCCGCCAGUCGCACCCGAGUUCGCUGCGAAAACGUCAGAAGGCCAUGCGGCCCACCCUGGCGACGAAAUCACUGGCCUUGACCGCGCAGAAACAUCGCUCGGCAUACCUGGUGAGGCUUCUCGAGGCGCUAGCAUCGACCUCCCUCGCCGCGGCACUGGACUUGACAGGGACGGCGAGACGGGUCGACGUGACCAUGCUGCCCGGAUUAUGGAGAAGCUUGAUCUGUCACGAAAGUCUACGGCAGGGCCGCAGCUAAGCGGAAGCAACCCCUCGUCUGCAACUGGUGGCAUUGCUAGUCUCAUCUCCGCCAGUCUUGCCUCGGCUAGCCACAAUAUCGUGCAGGUUGGACAGAUCGCCGCUCCUGCGCCUGGUCUUCCAGACACGCGCCUUAUCAUGGGCCAGACACUCCCGCAAACGAGCCUGUCUCCGAAUACUCUCGCCAACCCGCCGGCACCCACGAACCUCAGUAAAGCUGCAGUGGCUGUCAGUGGAGAGCGAGGGCUUGGUAUCGGCAAGUCUGGCAACAUGCCUGGCGGUCUCAUGGCCAAUCUGUGGGGUUCUGUCAACUGGGGCUACGUAAACAAGAUCGGCAAACCAGAUGAGCCAGGUACUCGUGACCGCAGCAUAUCCAGACCUCCAAGUCCCAUCAAUGCCCCUCUCGGCGAACCGUUCGAUGCGAAAACCGAGGCUAGCGCAAAUCAAGAUGCUGUUUCAAGCACGACGCCUGCAGCACCUUCUCAUCGAAAGACUAUCAGUCUCGGUGGCACCCUGAGCCGGCCAUCCACCUCGGAAGGGGAGUUCCCCAACAACUACCCGGCUGCACUAAGGAUGCAAGACGCACAGUUCCGUAUACUCUUUCCUACAGUGCCACGAUCAGAAAAGCUCGUGUUGGUAUUCCGUGCUGUCUGGAAUCCGACUGAGCAGCAAGAGUUCCCAGGUCGUGUCUAUGUCACGACCCAGGACAUAUACUUCUACAGCAACCAUCUUGGUCUUGUCCUGGUCACGGGCAUCAUCAUGAGUCAGAUCAGUGAAGUCACUGCUGCACCUGGCAAAGACUGUGACUUCCUCUUUCUACACUUCAAGACUGGCGUGAGAGAAGUCGGCGCGACUAGGAUCACAGUCAAGACUUUUCUCGAGCCUCUCAAGCUUCUACAGCGACGCCUCAACUUUCUGGUUCGGAACGCCACCACAGGCGAACAUGAAUUGGAGGAGGUCAUCAAAGCACUCAUCAAGAUGGAGGCUGAUGACAACCAACACUCGGCCGGUGAAGAAGGCUGGGAAGAGAUCUCGCCGGAUACGCCCAUGGAUCACAGCUACGGCGGGAAGAAUAUCAAGACAAGUCUUCGCAUCGAUGGUAACUUGUUUGGACCAUCCGGCGUCAGUGCCAGCAAAAGUACAGCCAAGUUCAGGUUGCCAUCCCAGCCAGUUGUGUUCGCUCCUGCCGGCAUGAUGCGUGUCGCAGUCGAGAAGGAAUACGAGAUCAGCGCAAAGGCUCUCUUCCACAUUCUGUUCGGUGACAAGAGUGCGGUCUUCCAGCUGCUGUACAGGGAACGGCUUGCAAAGCGCGUAGUACAAGGGCCUUGGACAGCAACCGAUAAGACCCGUCAGCGUCGUGAUUUCGAAUACGAGAUUGCACAGCCCGGUCAGAACGGUGCUAACCCUGUCAUCAACGACUAUCAGGUCAUCGAAGUAAUGAACGAUCACCUCUGCUACGUAGUGUCAGAUAGGAAGACGCCAUGGUACUUGCCAGGACAUGAGCGAUUCGUGCUCCUCAGUAAGGUUGUCAUCACACACGUUUCGAAGGCGAGGUGCAAGCUUGCUGUUCACACCAAGAUCGAUUGGAAGCGAAACCCACACAUUGCGAAAAAACUUAUUGAGCGCCAGGGUCUUCAGGACUUGGAGCUUGAAGCACAGGAUCUUGUCGAUGUCGUCAACGAUCAAGUCGCUCGUUUAGGGCACAACAGAAGCACUGGCAAGGUCACGAACAUCUUCGGCCAGAUUGGUGUGCAGACCCAGGCUGUGCAGAUAAAUGCAGAAGACAUCCCACCGCCGAACCGCCCACGCAAAUUCAAGCUGCAACCUACAACGACAGGCUCCUUCAUUGCGCAGUAUGUGGGCAACGUCAUUAUCAGUGUCCUGUCGACCGUCAUGAGCUGGGUGCUUGCUAUUUUCGCCGGCAUCAGCAAUGUAGUCUCCGCACACAAGCUGUUAGUCGUGCUGCUGCUGGUCAGUGGCGGAGCGAACUUCUUCUACACCUCGAAAGAUAGCUGGGCGUGGUGGAAUGAGCGCAAUGCCGCCAGCUACAUGUCGCGCUUGGGCGUCGGACCAUCAACCAGUAUGAUGCGCUCGGUCUACCUGCGCGAUAUCGCUGAAGCGUUCGCCAACCCCAACGACACCAGUCUUGAGCUUGCACUGCCCACCGAGAGCAUCUCGGACAACAGGUGUCACCAAACGUUUACGCACCUCCUUGACCACCCAUCCUCCGCAUCAUCACCGAACUCGUUCUAUGAUCCGACCACGCACAGCACAAGACGUCUUGAGCGCACACGGCGCAAUUUGGGCUCACAGCGUCAUGACUUGCUCGUUGCUCUACGCGUCGUGAACCGUAUCGAGCAGGAAGUGGUGGAAGCAGAGUAUGAGCACUGGCUGCUGGAUGAGACACAAAAGUGCGCAAGGGUUGGCACGAUGUUAGAUGGAACGAAGAAAAACGAUAAGAACGUGCAGGCGUGGGUGAAGGGGUACUGUGGGGACUGCGAGAAAGGCUUGCAUUUGGUGAGGGAAAGUAGAAAGAGUUUGAUAUAG